UUUGCCAGCACAUCGUAGGCUGGCCAUUAUCAAUACGGAAAAUGCUACCAAAACUUAAAGUGUCUAUAUUUCUGCUCAAGCGUCUAGAACGUGUUAAGCUGCAAUGUAGCGGCUGUUUAUAUGGAAUCGUCUACGGUGAAGGAACUUUGCUGCUCUUAAGUUUCAACAUUGAACCCACUAUAGGAAAACGGAGCUACGAGCAAAUAGAACAUAAUUUCCCCGCAGAAAUUGAUUUGUGCGGGUUGGUUAAGUUUGGAGACUGUGCUGAUGGUCUUCUUAGUGAGGUUCUCUCGUCAGUCGACAUAACUGACAAUCCUAUCGUGCUGCAGUGUCAAUUAGGCACACUAGUCGGAUUGCGCGCUUCAUUUUUCGUUCACGGUAAACUGGAGGAAGUUCCCUAUGAAGUUAUGGAAGCACCGCAACUUUACAAUGACUUUUGCUUUGCUCGGCUAAAAUGUGGGUUAAAUAUUAAAACUUCAUGGACGAAAGAAGAUUUAAUGCAAGAGAUGCACGUACUACGUAAAAACGUAGCCGAUGGUGGACUCGUUUUCAAUAUACAAAAUACGAAGGUUUAUGUAAAUUGCAGUGGUCCACAAAGCAAAAACAUUUCUAACGAAUCCCUAAUAGAGCAUCUUCUACAGGCCUUACCAAAUCUAAUUCCGAAUGACAUACAACGGGAUAGUAACUCAAUGGUUCGAGUUUCUCAACAAUCGAUUGCGUUGGGCUGUGGCUAUGAUGUUAUUAACAUUGACGUCUUCCGGUGUCGCACUCGUGAUCCUGUUGCUCGAGAUGCGCCACCUCAUCCGUCAUUGAACAUUUGCAUUAAGAACGAAGAGCAAGGUAAAGUUGUAGUUCCGAUGGAAGUGGAUACUAUGGCAAUACUUUGUAAAAAAACCAAAUUUUGCCGCCUCUAUGAUAUAUUAAUUGAAAGCAUUUGUCGUGCGCUUCGAUUAUUCGAGCAAAGUCUUACCGAAUCACUUUUGGAAAACGAUACUAAUCGGUUACCUGUGCCGCGUAGUUAUCAUUUUUAUCCUCAUGAGUUUGGCCAUUUUCUAACAUGUUGCUACUUGGAUAAUUGUAGUGACGAUGAACCUCAUAUGCAAGAGAAACGGAAACAGCUGCACCGACAACUUGCCUUACCUGUCACCCGGCCAUAUUUUCGACGAGCCAACCAAUGCCGGUUUAAUUAUGAUAUUUCGAUUUGGACUCCUUUAAUGAACCCACACAUAGGCUUGAGGCCUAGUGGCGUGGCUGACGGCAAGAAAUAUCUAGUCAAUGGAAAUUAUUAUUAUUAUCACUACCUUCAGCAACAGGUACUAGACAAGGGAUGGGGUUGUGCAUACCGUUCUAUACAGACAAUAUGCUCUUGGUUUAUGCUACAAGGCUAUACAACCACCAAUAUAACAGCCGUACCAACGCACUUAGAGAUACAACAAUAUUUGCACAAAAUAAACGACAAAGCUUUUUCGUUCGUUGGAUCCACCCAGUGGAUCGGGUCAACGGAGGUUAGUAUGUGCCUGCAAGGACUUCUUAAUGUUGAGUCAAAGAUUGUGCACGUUGCCUCUGGUACUGAUCUAGGUACAAUAGCACCAGAACUUGCCACCCACUUCCAAACUCAAGGAACACCUGUCAUGAUUGGGGGUGGCGUUUUGGCUCACACUAUUAUUGGCGUGGACUUUUGUGUUCAAACGGGCGAUGUUAAGUUUCUUAUACUCGAUCCUCAUUAUGUCGGCACCGAUGAUUUGGCCAUUAUUCAAGGCAAGGGCUGGUGCGGCUGGAAAAAUGUAGAUUUUUGGGAUAAAAAGAGCUACUAUAAUAUUUGUUUGCCGCAGAGACCAAUUUUGUACUAAUUCAUUCCCAUAAUUUAUCAUAUGGACACAUUUAUUAUUUAAUUACGCAAAAUAUUGAGUUAAUAUGAGUAAAUAUGUAUUUUUUUUAUUUAAUCUAUUGUAACACGGCAGUAAAGCAGACGAAAAUUUUUAUGUGUAAUAUA